AUGGUCCCGGCGCCUCCUCCGUGCGGGCCCCGCCCCGGGCCGCGCUCGCACAAACUCCCACGCGACUCAGCGCGGCUUCCGAUUGGCGCGCGCAGCGGGGGCCCGGGGAGGGCCGCGGGCUCCGCCAUUGGCCGAGGGGCGCACCUGUCACCGUCCCGGCCGCCCGCCGCCCCGCCCCCGCGCCGCGAGGUCCUAAGCAGCCUGGGCUGUUGCGCGGCGCUGGCGGGCGGGGACACCGCCGGGGAGUGGAUACUCCGAGGCUCAACCUGGGGCCCCUGCCCGCCCUCCCCUGGGUGCGGAGCCGGACGGCGGGCACUGGCAACCCCCGGGCCCCUGGAGAGCCCCGCGGCGGCCCAAGACCCGCUCCCGAGACACGUGGGCCCCUCCGGACUUGGUUGGUCCCUGGAGCCAGCUGCGCGCGUCCUCUCCGGCCUCCUUGUCGGCGCUGGAGUGGGUCCACGUCUGCCUUGCGGAGCGCGGUGGUUCCACGCUCCUGAGCGCCCACGCUGCGUAGACCUGGCCGCUCUGCGAGGCGACGGCAGCGCACUGAAGACCGUGGUGUUUCCCAAGCCCUCCCUGCUCCCGGGCCUCCAGGGCGCAGCAGGGGAGGGUUUUGUCCCCGUGGCCAAAGCUCUGCAGGUCGAACCUUAUAUGCUGUGGGAAGGCCCCGCAUUUUCAGAUUCACGCAGGGCCCUCUGCAGACUGUUGGCAGAAACAAGGUAGCCACCAAACACAUGCAUAAGCUGGACUUUUCCCAGAAUGCUGCAGCAGAACUACCCUCCAGAUAGACACCAGCCUGCGGGCCACAGUGCUACGUGAGUCUUGCAAAGAGGAGAUCUUUAUGGCGAGGCUGAGAGCACUGCCUGCAUGCUUUACCAGAGCCCAGCCUCCAGCCUCCACGGAAAAUGUGUUUUGGAAUCAACACUCUUUCCAAAGGCUCCACACUGCUCUCUGGUAGCAUUGGCCUGGGCGCCCAGGCACCCCUUUAGAACCCACCUGUUCCCCCCACCCACCCUAGCGGGAGGAGGAGAGGGUUACACUGACAGAUACCGGCAGCUCUGCAACGUGGGAACAACGCAGACAACAUACAACUCGACAGUCACAGAAGGUGGCGUCCAUCCCGCCUGGAUGGUGACUACUGCCCUGCGGGCUGCUGGGUGGGUGAAACACACAGGGAAGAAGCACAAAUACACACACAGAUGUGGCUCAGGGA